UUAGUGUGCAGACUAAACAUGCGCAGAGGAAAUCACAAUCAGGUGUCGCGAAAGUAGCAUUUUUCUGUAAGAAAAAAACUUAGUGCAAGUAAGAGAGAAGAAAGCUCCAGCCUCCAAGCCUCAUCUAAGUCAUCUCUCCACCUCCUCUGUAUAAAGCCUAACCUCUUUUGCCUCUACUAUACGCAGCGAAAACCACCGCAAAAGCACCAACCAACACAGAAAAAGACAUUUAUAAACGAUUAAUCAAGAAAAAAGUGAAGCUCUGAUGAUGAAUGACCAAAAGGUGCCGCCACCGGAGGUGGCUGUCCAGCUACCGGAGUCCAAGGUGGCCGCGACGGAGAACAGUGGCACAAUGAGUGGACCGCUGAUAAGGACGCCGAGGUAUUUUGGCCGGAAAGCUGAAGUCUUGCACGCGGCACUUAGGUUGUUGUGCAUGGUGACAUCUGUGGCAGCACUGUCGUUUAUGGUCACAGCCCAUCAGUCCAGCUCUGUCUCCAUCUAUGGGUUUAUGCUUCCUGUUUACUCAAAGUGGUCAUUCUCUCACUCAUUCGAGUAUCUAGUUGGAGUCUCAGCAGCUGUAGUUGCACACUCCUUGCUGCAACUGCUAAUUAGCAUGUCAAGGCUACUUAGAAAAUCUCCAGUGGUUCCAUCAAGAAGCCAUGCUUGGCUUCUUUUUGCAGGAGAUCAGGUGUUGUCGUAUGCAAUGAUUAGUGCUGGGGCUGCUGCAUCAGGAGUCUCCAACCUGAACCGCACUGGAAUCCAACAUACGCCUUUACCAAAUUUCUGCAAGCCUCUUCACUACUUCUGUGACCACGUUGCCAUCUCUAUAGCCUUCACUUUCUUCAGCUGCUUCUUGCUGGCUGCAUUGGCCAUUCAGGAGGUUAUGUGGCUCUCCAAGUCAAAGUAUUGAAGUUCCUUUGCGUCCCAUAGUCUGCACUCCCAUAUCAGCAUGAUCUACUUGUAGCAAAUAUAUGUAUCCUCUUAUUAGUUCCACUGAUCUACUUUCUUAUGGACAAUUUUGUAAUUUAACAUGUUUAAGUUCACUUUGUAAAGAAGAGGAUGGGGCAUAUCUGAUAAUGACACCAUGCCCUAAUUCAGUGAUUAUGACCAGAUUGUUGAAAGCCUUGUCCUAAUGGCUUUGGGAUGGCCAUUGUUUCUAGCAAGGCUAUGAAUUAGGCAGUCCAUUUCAACAAGGACAGUACUCGUUCCCAGUUGAUCUCACCCAUUGUUUGAUCCUUUGGUGUGGUCUUUUGGGUUGUCAAUGGUAUCAUUGCAUGCAAGCAAAGGACUAAAGCUUUUUGUAAAGAAUAUGUUGGUUUUAUGUUUGAAAUAACAGUUAUAAAAAUCAAGAAUAAUACCUAAA